UAGAAACAUGGCGGUUUUUGCUCCACUGUGUUUGCUCCUUUGCUGGAUGCUGCCUGUGGUCUCCAUGACGGACAUCCCAUUGAGCAUGGUUGACACAUCAGUUGACGACAUGUACCACGGCUGCGAAAAAGAAAUGGAAAACAGAGUCAAGACCAAAUACCUAAAGAAAGAAAUGAGCACAUUUUCAGCAGCCUGGACGAAGGCAGAAGAAUGCAGUAAAAAAAAACUAGCAAACAGAGAAGAAAUGCUUCUAACCAAAGAUCAUAUGCUAGCAAUUUGUUUAUAUACAGAUAAUGACGUGUACCAGCAGUUUAAUGAUGCCGUCCGGACAGGAAGGAGCCAGAUUAGCUCCUCAUUUAAGUUCCACUCUUUACAUUUCCUGCUUACAUCUGCUAUAAAGGUCUUGAAUUGCAAUGUCCACUGUCGCAUUACUUACAGACGAACCAAUGUUAAGUUUAUUGGUAAAGUCAACCAAAUAUUUCGGUUUGGGUCCUUUACGUCCAGCUCUAAAAGAAAAGACUUGACAAACUUCGGUAACAAGACCUGCUUUAAAAUUAAGACCUGUUUUGGUGCUUUUUUGAAACACUAUUCGUAUUUUCCUAAAGAGGAAGAAGUGCUCAUCCCCCCCUAUGAGAUGUUCAGGAUAACUAAUUCUAAGGGUCAAAUUAAAGGUCUGGAAGAUUGUGAAGUUGUCUAUGUCGUGGAAAGUUUAGGGCCUAAGAACAAUCUGAACUGUGCAGCUUUGGCAGGAAGUAAAACUGGGUAG